AGAAACUAUCAAAGCAAGAAUGAAUACAAUACUGAGUGCAGGCUUAAAGAGUCUAUCUUCCUGUAAGUGAUGCUUGUGAGCAGCACUAUUACAGUAUUUAUUGUUCUCCAACAUAAUUAUAACAAAUUGUUGUCCCUUGUUUCAGGAGUGUUGUCAGAUGAGGCUGUGUGGUGAGUAGCUCUAUCACAAGUCAGUGGAGGACCAGGAGAGGAGCAUCCUAGAGAAUGCUGUAGGUUCAUACCGUAAGAUCUCGAUUUAAAGCGACACUUUUUAAUAAUUACGAAGCCAGAGGUUGCAUCUUUUGGAGGUUGAAAAAUUAUAUUGAAGCCCUGGUGUCGCAUAUUUAGAGGGUCGCAUCUAAUUGGAGGUAACUUUACAGAGUCUACUUGCCUCGAUUUCAGGCCGCUUAAAAACAUUGAUUUUCCAGUGGGCUACAAUCGAGGCUAGGGAGUGGCUACAUUUACCUCUAUUUAGAACGCGACAUUAAAAAAUAAUUAUCAACGUAGCUGUCGCUACUUUUAGAGGUCAGAAAAUUGCUGAAGCUCCUGGGUGUCGCAUAUUUGGAGGGUCGCCUUAAAUCGAGGUCUUUUAUGGUAGUAUAAUUUUAUUAUCUAUAUAUAAAAAAAAAAUUAUAAUUAUUAUGGCCGUUCAACAAUCCCUAUGAUUACUCUAUACAUUUUGUCCAUCUUGAGAGCAGUGAAAACUCAUCUAAAGACAUUUGUAUUUGAGGGCACUACUCUGAACCUGCGUCCAUCGUGCUUUGUCUGCAUCACCAUGAACCAUGAACCCAGGUUAUGCUGGCCGCUCUGAACUACCAGACAAUCUAAAGGUGUUGUUUCGUACAGUGGUGCCAGACUAUGCCAUGAUUGGAGAGAUCUCUCUCUACUCUUAUGGUUUUGUGGAUGCUCGUAAUCUGGCCGUCAAGAUUGUCAUGACCUAUGGACUGUGUUCAGAGCAACUCUCCAGCCAACUCCAUUCUGACUAUGGCAUGCGUGCAGUCCAGUCAGUGUUGGUGGCAGCCGGUCAUCUGAAACUGAAGUACCCUAACGAACAUGAAGACGUGUUACUGCUCAGAUCCAUCAUAGACGUCAACCUACCCAAGGCAAUGUCACAUGUACUAGCUGACACACUCACACUAAUCAAUGAGAGGGAACAGAUGGAAGAGAACAAGACAGGCUAUAGAGUCAUCAACCCCAAGGCUGUCACUAAGGGUCAACUGUUUGGUCAGUUUGACCCUGUGUCACACGAGUGGACUGAUGGUGUGGUAGCCAACACAUUCAGGGAGUUUGCACCUGCACAAAAUGAUGACAGUAAGUGGGUGGUGUUUGAUGGUCCUAUGGACACUCUGUGGAUGGAGUCCAUGAACACUGUACUGGAUAACAACAAGAAGCUGUGUCUCAUGUCGGGGGAGAUCAUUCAAAUGAGCAACUGUAUGAACAUCAUUUUUGAAGCAGAUGAUCUGUCACAAGCCUCGGUGAGUCUACAUAACACCACUCUUGAAUUGCGCUUGGCUUGCGCUUGGCCUGGCUUGGGCUUGAAUUAUUGGUCUAUCUAAUCAUGUGCUUAGAUCAGUGAGUGCUGUAUUAUUGUACCUAAUAAAGAUGUUAGAAAUGCAGCUGUUUUACAAGCUACAAGUUUCAUGGGUUCGUUUGUGAACCCAACAACUACUGUUACUUCCUUAUAAGGCUUAUUAGUUUCCACAACAUAGUUUGGGGAAGCCUAACAACUUCUCUAUGUGCAGAAACUAUCUAAAAACUCGAUGUCCCUUUUAAUUAAUUUUUUUACCAGCCUGCCUGUUUCUGGGUCAAUCCUCGAAAACCUCAAACAUUUCGUGCCUUGAAAAUAACCAAACCUCCCUCUUAAUUUUUAUUUUUUACUGGUCCAUGAAUCGUUGAUGAAAAUCUGUCAUAUAAUUUGUAACCUUCACACACCCCACACACUCUACACCCCCACACACUCCACACACACCCCACACACACACACACACACCUUACACACCCCCACAGGAUAGUGAGGAGGACCGGAGCUGAUACAAGAGAGCUCUUGUCUGGCAGGACAGACCCAACAGCUGCAGGCAGGACUACAGGUACAAUGAGUGCUACUAGGUGCUCACUAUCAGCUGUUUGCACAGACCUUGCAAAAUACUAAAUCAUUCACUGCAUUACCACAAACCACCAUACAAUGUUGCUAUGCAAAUAGUAUAAAUACAUGUACAUGCAUGUAGUAUAGUUAUAAAUAAGAAGAGCAAUGAUGGCUUCUAGAACUAGACUAUGGGAACUCAUAGAACACUGGGGAUCUACCAAUUAACGCUUUAUGCUGAGACUUGCAUGCUGUUCAGCCUUCACACUACUUUCCAUACAUGCAGUGGACAGAUUAGUAGCUAUACAGGUAUAUCUGCUGGUAUAUGCAAGCUAGUCCCAGCCCAUUCUCUACUUCAAAUCCUUACCAUAAUUUGUAUGUGAGUUUCCAUACCACCAAGAGUAGAUAAGAGCAUCUACCAUUGAUACCACCUUAUAGCGGGGAAUUGUCGAGGGUCUAAUUUUAUCUCGCAGAUUAGCCAGAAAAUAUUAGCCCUAAAAAGUACCAUACAAGUUCUAGAAGCCAUCAUUGCUCAGGAUGUUGUUAGAAUAGCAACAUUCUAUGGUGAUCUUGUGGUAAUGAUAAGAUUUUAGGAUUAGUAUACACAGGCUAUGCAAACAGCUGAACUAGAAAUAAUUAUUUGUCCUUUGAAAUACCAUCUAAAUAAUUAUUUGUCCUUUGAAAUACCAUCUAAUGAUGUGUUUAGAGAUCAGUGAUUGCUUUUUUGGGCCCAAAUAUUCUAGUGUACUGUAGUACACGCCCACACACACACACACACCGUCUCCCUGUUAGUCUAUAUACGCUAGGCUAUUCUAGUGCAUACCUCAGUAACAGAUACUAAUGGAUACCACUGCCUACCUGUAGAUUCCAACACAUGAUUAUUAUAAGCCGUGUCUACAUGUACAGUCAUGUAUGUACUGUUACGUAUGUUCAGACGUUCAUUAAUUAAUGGAUCCCCCCCCCACACACACACACACACACACACACACACACCCAUACCCACACACCCAUACACACACACACACACACACACACACACACACACACACACACACACACAUGCACACA